AUGCAGCAUGACCGGCUGAUCAACGCACUCACCAUCACCGUACAGAUACUCAUCAGUCUUGUCCUCUUCGCCAUCGUCCUCCCAUUCUUCAUCCUAUGGCGUGCCCCAAUAAGCCUCCUCUACUUCACCAAGAAAGAAAAAGAGGAGCCAAAGAACGCAGACCAAGAGAAGGAAAGGCGACAAAAUCGACAAGCGGACGAAGAAGAGGAAGAGCUAAAACCAGACCCACCUCCCGACCUCCACGACCGCGCCUUCGCACCCUACACAAGACAAUGGACAGCCUUCAAGAGCCUCCCAAUCAACAACCCCCUCGUAACCCACUGGUCCCGUGUAGCAUGCCUCUCCCUCCUCACAAUACAAACCACGCUCACCCUCGCCCUCCUCGAAAAGUCUCUCGUCUACCACAUCCCCUGGUUCGUCACACACCUGUCAAACACAGACUACAAGACAUCGAAGAAGAAACUUUGGCUCAACGAUCUGCUACUACAUGUAUCCUGGCUACUCAUGACUUGUGCGCCUAUCAUGGGGUUACUAGGCGUAGGCCUGGGCGUUGCGUACUAUACGUCAAAAGCGGUGAGGUACGGGAGGUUUAGCAAGGGUUUUGUGAGGAAGAAGGGGGGGAGGGGGUAUGAGGAUCCGGAUAAGGCGAAGGAGGGGAAGGGGAAGGAUGGGGAGGCGAAUGGGGUUAGAGAGGCGGUUAUGGGGGUCGUGGAUCAUGUUAUGCAUCUGAAUGUUCAUAUUCCGCAGCUGCAUCUACCGCAUCCGCAUCUACAUGAUCAUCACCCGCACGAGCAGCGGGAGCCGGAAACUUCGCCGUAUGGGUAUCCGGGGUAUAGUGAGGAUAUUCUCUUCGAGCAGCCUGGAGAUACGGCGGGUGCAUACCAAUAUACGGCUCAGCCGGCACCGGCGGCGCGAUUCAAUAAGAAUCCUUAUACAUUGGCUGGUAUUGCGUCUAUUUGGACUGGUCAGAAGGAGAAGAUGAAUGGUGGGUAUGACGGGAGAGAUGUGAGGAAGCGGAAUUUUGCGGAGGAUAUUGAGAUGGCGGAUUGGGUGGGGAGGAAGUAA